AGGGUAUUAUGACCUGUGCUUCAGAUGUAAACACACCAGAGUGGGACGGUCGACGCGGAAUAUACAGUUCUAAUUGCAAAAGCACAGGGAAAAACGGUCGGCCAAGUCAUCACUGUGUUUAUUGGGACAAGCAGGCGCAACAAUGGAAAUGGACAGUGGUAAUUUCAAAGGUGGCACCUGUACGAAAGGGGAUUUGUGCUCGCCAAGAGAUUGACGAUCUAAAGCAGAUGCUGGCAGCCAGAGAAGAGAGCGACGCCAAGGCCCUGCACGAAAAGGACCAGCAGCUGAAAGCAGUCGGGGAAGGAGCUGCUCAAGCGACGGAGGAGCUCAGGACAAAGGGCCAGGCUCUGCAUGAAAAGGACCAGCAGGUGGAAGCAGCCCAUCGAGAGAUGGAAGAGCUAAAGCAGGCCCUGCGUGAAAAGGACCAGCAGCUGGAAGCAGUCGGGGAAGCUGCCCAUCGAGAGAUGGAAGAGCUAAAGCAGGCUCUGCGUGAAAAGGACCAGCAGCUGGAAGCAGUCGGGGAAACAGCUGCUCAAGCGAUGGACGAGCUCAGGACAAAGGGCCAGGCCGAUCGAGAGGUGGACGAGCUAAAGCGCGUGCUGGCAGCCAGGGAAGAGAGCGAUGCCAAGGCUCAUCGAGAGAUAGAUGAGUUAAAGCGGAUGUUGGCAGCCAGAGCGGAGGGCGUCGCGCAGGCCUUCCAGGAAAGGGAUCAGCGGGUUCAAGACGAACCAUAUGAGGGACCAGCAUCAUUCGACAUUUCCACUCCCAGAAGCAUGAAGUCGCCUUGGGCUGACAGCCCGGAGGAGAAACGCCCAGAUGACGCUAUUGUUGCUGAAAACAGGCAACUUCAUCAGCGACUAUCAGUUGCGGAAGAGGAGAAGGCCAUAAUGAUGCAGAAUCUGCGUGACCAUAUUAAACAGUUGGCACGUGAAAAUUGGGACCUGAAGUUCAAAGCAGGGUUGAUCGAGGAUUCCACAAGAUCUCAGAGUGCCAAGGAGGCACCUUUGCAAGAAUCGAUGAACAAUCCAGGCACUAGUUCAUCUAGUGGUGUGAAACUCAGUGCUCUCAACCAUACUGUCUCCCUUUCUGACAGACGGAGACAUGCGCGAAAUCCACGCAGAGAGCUAUGUCGAUCAACAUCUGGGAGCGAACGGGCAAGACCAAUUGCCAUAGAGGAGUAUUGUGACAGUGAUAGUGAUAUCUAGUGAUAGUGCAUGAAAUAGAUUCCACAAGCUUAGCGGCUGGGGCUCCUUGCACCGUUUCUGCGUGGAGCAACUGUUUCACCAUCGGCUGUCAAUUCUACAGCUUGCACAGCCGAAAUAGAGCGC